AUGAAUCAGAACGUGGUGGGACUUCCAAAUGAACGCGGUGGGGCUUUCGGGAAAGACCUGAGGUCGCGACCUGAGGUCAAAACACGUGCUUUGACCUUAGGCGAUCGGUUCGAAGAAGAACAAAACGAUUCCCACAAUCAGCCGGAGGUCGGCAUGACCCCAAGUAGAACCCUGCGGUCGCAGAUCUUUGAGCUUUUGGCAGUCUUAAGACCGUUGGCCUUAUGA